CUUUUCGCCUAUGCCGUAAACUAUAUUUCUUGAUAAGAAUAUUAACACUUAAUAACAAUUAACUUUGCCGUAACAUUGACAGUUUGAGUUUAUCAUAAAAAACUGAAAGUUAAACUUUGAAGUUGAAGGCUCGUGGACACUGGAUGUGAAUUGUCAGAAUAGUAAAGGUACAAUGUAGUAGGGACUACUUGGAAUGUUGAAAUGGUAAAAAGAUCUGGAGAAAUUAAUACUUCAAAGACUGGAGACUGAAUCAUCAUUCAUGUGUAAUGUGCAUUGAUAUCAACCAGACCAUGUUGAAUCAUGUAUCUAGUAUGCAUUAUUGAUAUAAAAUGGAGUUGUGUACACCUGAUAGAGAGAUGACUGUCUCAGACUGGGAACUUGUAAGAAUUGGAAAAUAUCAAAAACAUAUGGUUCUCCCUCUUUAUGGAAGUGGUUACAGCAACAUUGUUGGUCGAGGAACACUUGUCAAGGAUUCACAAAGAAUUGUGUCAUCACUUGUUUCACGGCAGCAUGCCACUUUGCAUGUUAAAGAUGAAGAUGGAUGCUACAUUACAGAUUUGAAGAGUUUGAAUGGAAUAUAUAUCAAUGGUAAACGUAUAAAACCAGAUUUUCAACAUAUUUUGCACAAUGGUGAUGCAAUUGGAAUUGGUGUUCCAAAUGGCCUUAAAGAGGAUCAUUUUGAAUUCAUGUUGUUAAGAAAAUCAUUAUCUCCUUUUCAUGAAAAAAAUAAAAUAAAUGAAAAGUGCCAGGAUAUUCUACUGUUUAGUAAUACUUCAUACAACAAUGAAAUAUCAAAGGAAAAUACAGAAUCAAAUUUUAUGGUCACAACUCAAAAUGUAAAUGUUGGAGUGAGCCAUUCUGAUAUCAGCCAAGAUAAAAGGCAUUCUUCUAUAGAUAUUGAUCAGAAUACUUGCAAUAAGUCUCCAGCACCACUACAAGUACAUUCAUGGUUAAACAUCAGUGGAGGUGUUGGCAAAAUCAAACAAGAAAAUGACAUUUGUGAUAACCAAGGAACAAAUAAAAGAAUUAAUCACACAUACACUUGUGGAAGAACUGAAAGACCAAUAAGUAUAGCUACUUUUCAAAACAAUCCUCAAUGUACUGGUGACUCCAAAGAAAAAGCUGGAAUUUGUGGUAAGCAAAAGAUUAGUAACUGUAAUGCUCAUGCAGAUACCAACAAUCAACUUCAAGAAUUUUCACAGGUAGAUCCUUUGGUAAAUAGUUUUAAAAGUGGACAUAAUAGUGAGCAAAAACAGGAAACAUCUGAAAAGCCAGUGAUUGAUGCAGAAAUUAAUCAAUUAGAAAGUUGUACUAUGAGAACAGCAUGUGCAUUAUCACCUUGUAAGGUUCUUUUAAAGAAAUGGAACUCUAAAGAGUACCUUAGUAUGACAAUUGAUGAAAGAGAAACAUUUAGUAACCUUGACAAUACUUUAAACCAAAGUAGUGCAUCACCAGAUAAUGAAGUCAGUAUUUUAAGAACAAGAAGAAAAAAUGUGAGACCUGUGACAAGUGACAGUUUACCAUCAAAAUCAACUCUGCCACAUCCUGUUUUCUAUCAAAAAGCAGAUUUUAAAAGGGAUAAUUGGCAGAUACCAAGGUCAUCGCAUUGUGGAAGUACCAAUUGUGUCCAGAUUUUAGAUGUAGAACAGAAGACCGUUAUUACAGAGAAGAAAAAUUCUCCUAUUGCUGAAACCAAAGUUGAGAAUAUUACUGCAAAGAAGGAAUAUUUUCAUGUUGAUGAAAUCAAGGUUGAAAAUAUUAGUACAGAGAAGGAAAGUUCUCCUAUUGAUAAAAUCAAAGUUGAGAACAGACUAGACAGUUUUAAACCAAGAUUUUUUGUUAGUUCUGUGCAAAAUGAGAAAAGUAUUUUUGAGGAUACUAAAGAAAAAAGAACUGUAAUUAAACAGGAAAAAAAUAUAAAGAAAUGUGAAGAUAGAACUGCAUUUGUUCAAUUAGAAGACUUCUCAGGGACUAUAGAGAAAUACUUGCAUGAGGAUAAAAUACGUGUAGAUUUACAUGAACAUGCUUGUACAAGAGGACCGGAUGAAAAUAAUGCUAUUGAUAUUAGUACUGUUGAAAGUAAAAAUCCUGUGUCAAAACAAAAGGAAGAAGUUCUAAGUGAAGAAGAAGGAGUUUCUUGUAUAAAAAUAGAACCUGGAGAUGUUUAUUCUCAGCAGGAUGAAGUUAUUUUGAUAUCUGAUGAUGAAGAAUACUGUGCUUCUCAAUCAAGUUCAUAUCUUCCUAGCAAAGAAUUAGAAUCCCUCAAGUGCGACUCUCUUUCAGAAGACAGUGAUGAUGAAAUUAUUGUACUUCAAGAUAAAAGCUUUGAAAUUCUUGAUGAAUUUUUGCCUUGUAAUGAUCAAGAGAAUAAAAAUUUUGAGGAAGAGGAAAAGGAGACCAAAGAUGUAAACAUACUUGGUUCUUCUGAUGGUGUAGCUUUAAUGGAAAAUAAAGACGUUUUUCAGAAAGUUACCCAGGAUUCUGAGUUUGGAAGUAAUGUAGCAUUAGAAACUGUUGAUGAUAUGCCUUUACAAAAUGUUGAAAAAAAAAUAAUGGAAAUUGAGGAACAGCUGAGGAAACGUUUAAAAUGGGAAAGAGAAGAGAAAAAUGAAAAUAGUCAAACAAAAAUAGAUGAAAGCAAGCUUAAUACUCUGGAAGUUGAACAUUUUUCUGAUAAAAAUCAGAAGACAAAAUCAGUAGCAUCAGGAGGUAAAAUAGAUGGUGUUAAUAAUAAGGUUAAAGAUAAUGAAGCCAAUGAAGAAAAUUCUGAAAAUCAUGUUAUGGAUAAUUGGGAAGAUUUUUUCCCUGAACUUUCUCAGGCAUUUUACUCUGAGGAUGUAGAAUCAAAUGAAAGUAAUAAAGAUAUACCUGAACUAUCAACGUAUACAAGUUCCUCACUUCCCAAUACAGAAUCAGGCUUUUCAACAAACAAGCCUUUAGUGUGUGUUGAACCAAUGCCUAGGAAUUUUGAUCAACGGUUGGAAGAUUUUCGUCAAAGGCAAAAUCAGAAAAGAAAUAACCAAACUAAAUUAACUGAACCCCUUCCUAUGCACUGUAAAUUAGAAAGAAGUCGUGGCAGAGAAACACAGUUAAGAGAACCACAGAAUACAUUUAAUUCACAAAAAAGAGGAAUUUCGAAAUAUACAUUUUUCAAUAAAGAUCAAGUAAAAAAUCAAAGAAAAGUAAUCCCAACUGCAUUUAUUACUAACUCAGUUAAGAGGCCAGAGAAUACUUUCUAUCCUGCCAACAGGAAAAAAAUAGAAGCUUUGAAGAGGAAAAAUGAAACAAAAUCAUCUAGACAAAAAAUUAUGGAACAGAUGAAUUAUCGUAUUCGUAUGCCAGGUGGAGGGUCUGCUGUUAAAAAAAAAAAAGAAGACACCGGAGCACACAAACAAAGAUCGACAAGAACACCUAGAAAAUGGUCAGAAAUGGAUAAAAAGACUAAUUCAUUUUUGCAUUGUGCAACCCAGAAAACUGGUAACAUGAUAGUCAAAAAGAUUGAUAAUAGAUAUGCAAAAAAAAUUGACAAAGAAUCUGAGAGGUUUCGUUCACGUUCAGCUUUUUUGACAGAACAUGCAUCCAACCAAAACAAACAAGUUAAUGAAUCUGCUGUAUCUUAUCCUACAGAUGCUGCUCUAAGAAAGCGAAAACAAUCAUCUUCUGAUUACCUAGAUAAUUUCAAAAUUCCUAGAUUGUCAAAAAGUUUUUCUGUUGAAUGUUCAGUGGAAGAAAAUAACAAAUUAACUACAGAAACAAAUGGAAUAAAGUCAUGUGUUAACAAGGAUAUUACUUGUAAAGUUAAAUCAGUUAAUGAACCAAAGAAAAGGAUUUCCCAUUUAAAUAAACAAAAUUAUUGUUUGUCAGAAACUCCAGAACAUUUGAAAUCAAUGCUUGCACACGAAGCUCAAGUAAUUAAACAGCUGAAAUCACAAACUAAUUGCCAAAAAAAUACAAGUCACAAAAAACAAAAGGUACGAUUUGCAGAUGCAGAAGGAAAAGAGUUAGUAGAAAAUUAUUUUGAAGAUAGAUACAAACUAUCUUACAGCAUUCCAACUACAUCAAAAGCAGAACAACAGUACCAAACAUUUCCUUCAACAACUAUUGUAAACACACAUCCUACUGUGAGUCUAAAUGCUGAUAAAGCUCUGUUGACCAUGCUGAAAUGGUUUUCGAGAUGGCUUAAGGAACAAGAGCAGAAAAAUCACCCGCCAACCAUGAAAGAUAUGAAGGUUUGUGAAUUAGAUGGAUAUCCACAAGAAACACGUGCUUGUUAUAAAAGUAUUGAUGAAUAUUUUAAGAUUAAUUUCUCACUCUUAUUGUAUGAAGCAUGGGAGCAGGCUUAUCAGUCCUGGAGAGAAGGUACUGCUAAGAAUAGUCUUAUUACACAUUUAGUAGAAGUACUUUCAUAUCAACAUGAAGAAAAAUUUCUUAGAAUCACAUGUGUGACAGUGAUUAAUACUGAGUUAAUAAAGAAAGAUCUCAUACCAGUAGAAGGUCAUUUUGUUUUAUUUGAUCUGAGAAGUACUAGUGGUCAGUUAACUCAAGUAUUUGGGUAUGUUGUAGGGCGUGAAAUACAGCCACGUAAUCCACAAAUGCAGAAAAAAAUAAGAACAAUUUUAAAUGUUGAUGAUACUAAUCUUUCUAAUAAGGACAGGCAUUCAUUGGUAUUUACGUUAAGAACAAAGUACAUGGCUGAAAGUAUUGAUCAAAGAAAGUUGUCAAAAGUUCAGAUUUUGUGUUAUAUGAGACCACUGCUGAGACAGUUUGAGGCAUUAUCAAAUGUAUCUAGAUCCUUGCUUGUGAGAGACAUUUUGGAGCCACGAACAACUACUUGUGAACUGAUUGCUCCAAGGCAUACAUCCUCUGUUUGUGGUAGCUUUAAUGAAACACAAACAAAAGUGAUAAUUUCUAUAACAGAACGUGUUUUUUGUCCUUAUCCCAUACCCCUCAUAGCUCUCUUGCAAGGACCACCCGGAACAGGAAAAACUUAUUUGAUAGUUGGUUUAAUUCAAAAUCUUCUUCACAGGAGUUCAAGUUUAAAAGUCGAAACAUCAUCAAAAAUACUUGUUGUAGCUCCUUCAAAUGCAGCUGUGGAUGAAAUAGGUAGAAGACUUAUCAAACUAAAAGAGAGAGAGAAAUUAAAGGGGAAAAAAGUUAAGUUUGUUAGAAUUGGUCAGCCAUCACAUAUUCAUCCAGAGGUACAUAUGUAUCAUAUUGAAAACCUUGUCAACAUGAACAUUAAUAGAAAAAUUUCUGAAGAAAAAAAAAAACUGGAAGGUAAAAUAAGAAGGCUUAAAGCUACAUCUGAAGAACUGGCUACAGAUAUUCAGAAAAGAAAAAAAGAUGGAUGUCCACAAAUUGUUGUUCAAAAAUAUGAGGUUGAAUAUACCAAACAUUUGAAACAACUUCAGGUAUUGGAGAACAAAGUGAAGGAAUUAAACACUAGAAAAUAUGUUUCAGAGAAGCACAAAGAAAGUGCAUAUAGAAAAGAAAUUCUUCAGAAUGCAGAUAUUAUAUUAAGCACUUUGAGUAGUUGUCGGAUGAAUGCAUUGGAAGUAGCAUAUGGGAGAGAAAGUAAUGUUCACUUUACUUGCUGCAUUGUGGAUGAAGCAUGUCAGUGCUCAGAACCAGAAGUGUUAAUUCCUCUUCAGUAUGGAAUUACCAAAUUAGUUCUUGUUGGAGAUCCUCAACAAUUACCAGCUACAGUGAUCUCUAAACGUGCCUACCAGUACAAAUUUCAAACCUCUUUGUUUGAAAGGUUUUAUUGCUAUUUUCAAACACAAUGUGUAAAUCCAGUCUGCAUGUUGACAGAACAAUAUCGAAUGCACUCUCAAAUAUGCAUGUUUCCUUCAAAACAUUUCUACCAGAAUAGACUAAAGACACCACCAUUUGUUGACAAGCUAUCUUUAUCUUUCCCAUUAAUUCCCUAUUCUCUCAUUAACAUUCUAGAGAGCAAGGAAACUUCAAAUCAAGGAGGUAACAUAUCUAACUUACCAGAAGCUAAUUUUAUAAUGGAUUUGUGUACAAACUUGCUGCUAUUAGUUCCGGAAGGAACAACUUGUGGUAUUAUUACACCAUACCAAAGUCAGAGAGUCCUGUUCCAGCAUCUUUUGAGAACAAACAGAGAGAUUAAAAAGCUAAAUACUUACAUUGAAGUAAACACUGUUGAUGGAUUUCAAGGAAGGGAAAAAGAUAUUAUUAUCUUAUCCUGUGUAAGAGCCCAUAAUAAUACUGGUACUAUUGGCUUUGUUGCAAACCAUCAGAGACUUAAUGUUGCCUGUACUCGAGCUAAAAAAACCUUAAUUAUUUGUGGCCAUCUUAUUUCUUUUGAGACACAUAAACAUUGGCAGGAACUGAUAGAAAAUGGAAAAGAAAGGGAACUGCUUAUAGAAGUUAACCUUUCAACAGAUAUAACCAGUGUAGUAAACAAACUUAUUAAGCAGUUAGUAUAAUUUUUCUGACAACCAAAAGUCAAUAUUUGACAUCAUGUUUUAUUACGUGGCAAUUAUACCACUGCGUGACAGUCUGUAAAUGGUGAGAUAUAAAAGACAUGGAUGUGUGUAUGUCAAUAUUUCUUCGGUGAAGAGUAACUUACAUGCAUUUGCUACACAGACGUUGAAUAUGUAAAGAUGUUAUUCAUAGCAAAUCUUAUAUCUUUUGAUUAUUUUGAGUGCUUAUAAAUAAAACUGCCAUGAUUAUAAAAAUGGAAUUUUUUUUUCAAUUCAUUAGUCAGAAUGUACAUAUGUAGGAUGUUAUAAUUUUGUACUUACAUGCACAAAAGCAUUGAAAUUAAAAGUUUGUUGUUUUCAUAAUGUUAUGUACAGACUAGAAAUGAAGUCAGUUUGGAAGUUUGUAUAUCUAAGAACAUAAUAAUAUCUUCUGUUCAUUAAAUUUGAUUAAGUUUACAAAUCAGGAUUGAUAUUUUUGUUCAUGAUCAACUUGUUUAUAUUUAAACUUAGUUUUGUAGUUGUAGUAUAUUGUAUUUGUUCUUAGACCUUAAGGUUAAUUUAAAGAUUAAUCAACUUAAAUCAUUUGGAAAAUUAGGUAGUUUCAAUAGAAAGGUGUGUAGCUUCAUAAAUAUCUAAGUAUAUAUUACAGUUUGAAAAAUUUUGAAGUUUAUUAUAACUGAUGAAGAAAUUCAAUAUAUUGAGCAUUUUGCAAUAGGAAACGUUUAACGAUUUUCAUUGUUCUACUCCACUUGAAAUUUAAUGUUACUGCAUUAUAGUGUAUCAAAUUAAAUGAGUUCUUUACACAUUUUAAGUGAUACAAAACUUAAGUUUCCAAAGUUGUCAAAAGUAUUUACAACAUCAUGUUUGAAGAAAUGGGAAAAGCUGAGAAAUACUGGUACAAGUUGUAAUUUCUUUUUAUGUUGAAGUUUUUGUCAGUGUUUUGUAAUAUGUGUUUUUAUUAAGUAGUUUUUUAAGUAAUAAGAUGCAUAACAUUUGGAAAGUACAUAGUAUUGUACUCUGUGUUUUUCUCUUGCUAAAUAUUUUUACAAUAAUGAGAGAAGUCUGUAUAGAAAAAUGAAAAUCACAUGAAUGAAAGAUGUUUCAUUUAGCCAUUAUUGUGAUAAGUCAAAGAGAUAAGUAUCCGUUAUAAUAAAA